CAAANCUGAAGCUGCUGUCGCCGCUGUGGGAGCGCGAGCAGACAGCGCUGCUGCGGGAGAUGAUCGACGCCGGCAUCGAGGCCAUCCUCAUUAAGGUGGCCGUGCUGGGCCUGGAGCCGGCAAAGCACCUCGGCAAGACCAUCGCCGAGAUGUACGACGAGCUGGUGGCGCUGAAGGACCGCUACGGCAUCAACGUCUGCGGCGAGGGCGGCGAGUACGAGACGCUGACGCUGGACUGUCCGCUCUUUCGCAAGCGCAUCGUCAUCGACCAGAUGGAGAUCAUCCGGCACGGCUACACCGCUGAAGAUGGCGGGGGUGAUGAGAAGGGCCUCGCCCAGGUCGCCUACAUUCAGCCGCUGAAGAUGCACCUCGAGGAGAAGAAGAAGGUGGUGGUGGUGGAAAAGACGACUUUGUAG